AUGCUGCCGCUCGAUCUUUCGCAUCUUCUAUCUGAACAAGCCAAAGCGAGAAAAGGCUCCAAAUUAAAAUCGUGUGUUCACUACAAAAAUGAGCCAAAUUUUGGAUUCCUAGCCGGUGGGUUGCCCUUGCCAAGUUACUUCGCGUGGGAAGCAGUCAGCGCCUCUACCAGAAAGCCCCCAUUUGAAGGUGGUUUGAGUGCUAUUUCCACCGCUGAAAAUCAGCUAUCUUUUACAGUUUCGCAGGAUUCAACCGACCUAGACAUUCCACUCUCGGCGUCGUUGCAGUAUGCUGUAGCCAUUGGCCCUGCUCCUCUUCGACAAUUUUUGAUUGAACACACCAAAGUGGUGCACAAGAUCCCAUACGAAGAAUGGGAACUUGCCACUACUGUGGGCAACACGCAGUCGUGGGAUGCUUGUAUCCGUACCUUUUGCAAUCAGGAUGACUCAAUUUUGGUCGAAAAGUACUCUUUUUCUUCAGCUAUGGAAACUGCGGCUCUGCAAGGAAUUCGUCUAGUUCCAAUGGAUGUCGACGAAAGUGGAAUUCUACCGGAAAAGUUGGAAUCAAAGUUGUUUAAAAUGAAGGCUAAGGGCGAGAAAUUGCCUAAAAUAAUCUACUGUAUUCCUACGGGACAAAACCCUACUGGCAUUUGUAUUUCUGGUGAAAGAAGGAAACAUAUCUACGAUAUUGCGCUGAAAUACGACUUGGUAAUUGUUGAGGACGAACCGUACUAUUUCCUUCAAUUGGACCCGUAUGUAGCCCCAGAAAAGAGAGGUUCCUCCACCAAGAGCUUGACCAAUUCGGAAUUUCUCGAGUCGAUGGUUCCGUCAUUUUUGAACUUCGAUACCGAAGGAAGAGUGGUAAGGUUGGAUUCUUUUUCGAAAGUGCUCGCUCCAGGUUCCCGUCUUGGCUGGAUCACUUGCCAGAAAAAGCUCAUGGAGAGAUUUCUUCGCAACUUUGAAUCCACAUUCCAGACUCCAUCUGGAUUUUCUUCGUCUAUCAUCUACGGAACGUUAUCAAGGUGGGGCCAGCAAGGUUACAUCGAAUGGUUGAAGGCAUUGCGUGUAGAAUACACCUGGAAGAGGAAUUUGGCCAUAGACUUUUGCCGCAAGUAUCUACCUGAAGCUUUAUCAAGGAUCAAUGCCCCGAAUGCCGGCAUGUUUUUCAUCGUUUCGUUCGACACUUCAAAGCACCCUGAAUUUGCAACAAAGUAUAACAGUGAUCCGUUGGCGGUUGAAGCGGCUAUUUACGAAGCCACUAUCGAAAAUAAAGCCAUUCUCGUUCCAGGCUCUUGGUUCGAAGUGAGAGAAAAAGACGAGGAACCAAGUACCGUUAUCUUUUUCCGAGGCACAUACGCUGCGACUGAGAUAGAUGUGUUGGAGAAGGGUAUACAGAGAUUCGGAAAAGCGGUGAGGGAAGUAUUUUCCUUGCAUGAAUAG